AUGCCCUCCGCCCCCUCCGCCAUUCCGGCCCCUCUCGGAACCUACGCCCACCUCCUCCCGCCCUCGUGGAAGACCGUGAUCACCUCCUGGCUCGCCGAGGACACUCCGUAUUUUGACUACGGCGGCUUCGUGGUCGGCGAGGGCGAGGAGGAGGCGACCUUGUGGGGCAAGAGCGAGGGAGUGCUUGCUGGAGUGCCGUUCGUCGACGAGAUCUUUGCCCAGCUCGGUUGCACGGUCGAAUGGCACCUUACAGAAGGCGCGGACGUCAAGCCGACGAAGGAGACGCCCAAGAUCAAGGUCGCGACCGUCCGAGGACCGGCUAGGUGCUUGCUUCUGGGCGAGCGAGUCGCGUUGAACACGAUGGCGCGGUGCAGCGGGAUUGCAUGGAAGUCUCGAAAGGUUCUGCUAAAGGCUAGGCAGCUUGGCUGGAACGGCAUCAUUGCCGGCACGCGCAAGACUACUCCCGGCUUCCGCCUCGUCGAAAAGUACGGCAUGCUCGUCGGCGGCGUCGACCCUCACCGCUACGACCUGAGCAGCAUGGUCAUGCUCAAGGACAACCACGUCUGGUCGAAAGGCAGCAUCACGGAAGCCGUGCACGCAGCCAAGUCGACCGCGGGUUUCGCCCUCCGCAUCCACGUCGAGUGCCAGUCUCUCGCCGAGGCGAGGGAGGCGAUCGCUGCGGGCGCGGACAUCAUCAUGCUCGACAACUUUACGCCGCAGGGGAUUAGGGAGGCGGCGGCGGCGCUCAAGGAGGACUGGGUCAAGCAGACAGGCGGACAGGACAAUGGAGCGGCGAAGCGGUGUCUUGUCGAGGUCAGCGGCGGCCUGACGGAGGAGAACAUGGAGGAGAGCUUGUGUCCAGACGUGGACAUCCUCAGUACGAGCGCGAUCCACCAGGGCGUCUCGACUAUCGACUUCAGCCUCAAGAUCCAGCCGCGGCGGUGA